AUAUAUGUUUUAUGUGUCUGCCCUCAGGUCUAUGCCGUGGGUGGCUAUGAUGGCCAGAGCCGUCUGAGCAGCGUGGAGUGUUACGACUCCUUCUCCAACCGCUGGACAGAGGUGGCACCAAUGAAAGAGGCCGUCAGCUCUCCUGCUGUAGCCAGCUGUGCCGGCAAGCUCUUUGUUAUUGGAGGAGGCCCUGAUGACGAAACUUGUUCAGACAAGGUUCAGUGCUAUGAUCCAGAGACAAAUACCUGGUUACUACGGGCCAACAUCCCCAUCGCCAAGCGCUGUAUCACAGCAGUGUCCCUCAACAACCUGAUCUAUGUUUGCGGUGGUCUCACCAAAUCCAUAUUCUGCUAUGACCCCAUGGAGGACUACUGGAUACAUGUGGUUCACACUUUUAACAAACAGGAGAGCUGUGGCAUGUCAGUGUGCAAUGGUAAGAUCUUCAUCCUUGGCGGCAGAGGGGAAAGUGGUGAAGCCACAGACACCAUCCUGUGCUACGACCCAGCAACAGGCAUCAUCACAGGAGUGGCAGCCAUGCCGCGGCCCAUCUCUUAUCAUGGCUGCGUCACCAUCCACCGCUACAAUGACAAGUAUCAUAGGCCCUGAUUAUAAACAAGCACAAAGACACACACCCACACACACGCACACAAAUCUUUAU